AAAGAGAAAAAGAGUCGCGUCGUCUCCCGUGUCUGCUGCUGGUUGGUUGUCGGAAGGAAAAAGUAACAGUUAGGAAAAAAGGUUUCUCGGCUUUGGGUUGUAAUUUUCGCUUCGAAAGUCGAAACAGGAGUUUCUUUGUCCCCACGCGCGAGAGUUCAUAAGCCGGAUUCAACGAUGGCCGAAGGAAAGAAUGAGGAUUUGGCGACCGCGAUCCUGAAGCGCAAGGACCGCCCGAACCGUCUGAUCGUGGACGAGGCCGUCAACGAUGACAACUCGGUCAUCUCGCUGUCGCAGGCGAAAAUGGACGAGCUGCAGCUGUUCCGCGGCGACACCGUGCUGCUGAAGGGCAAGCGCCGCAAGGAGACGGUCUGCAUCGUGCUGUCCGACGAUGCCUGCCCGGACGAGAAGAUCCGCAUGAACCGCGUGGUGCGCAACAACCUGCGCGUCCGGCUCGGGGACGUCGUCUCGAUUCAGUCCUGCCCGGACGUCAAGUACGGCAAGCGGGUCCACAUCCUGCCGAUCGACGACACGGUCGAGGGACUGACCGGAAAUCUGUUCGACGUGUAUCUGAAGCCGUACUUUUUGGAGGCUUACCGGCCGAUCCACAAGGACGAUACGUUUAUCGUGCGCGGAGGCAUGCGAGCGGUUGAGUUCAAGGUCGUCGGAGCGGAUCCGUCGCCGUUCUGUAUCGUGGCUCCGGACACGGUCAUUCACUGAGGAGAUCCGAUCAAGCGUGAGGAGGAGGAGGAAGCGCUGAACGCGGUCGGUUAUGAUGAUAUUGGAGGUUGCCGCAAGCAGCUGGCCCAGAUCAAGGAGAUGGUUGAGCUGCCACUGCGUCAUCCGUCGCUGUUCAAGGCGAUCGGUGUGAAGCCACCGCGUGGUAUUCUGAUGUACGGACCGCCCGGAACGGGUAAGACGCUGAUUGCGAGGGCCGUGGCCAACGAGACGGGCGCGUUCUUCUUUCUGAUCAACGGUCCGGAGAUUAUGUCCAAGUUGGCCGGUGAGUCGGAAUCGAAUCUGCGUAAGGCGUUCGAAGAGGCGGAGAAGAACUCUCCGGCCAUCAUCUUUAUUGAUGAAAUCGAUGCGAUUGCUCCGAAGCGUGAGAAGACCCACGGAGAGGUCGAGCGUCGUAUUGUGUCCCAGCUGUUGACGCUGAUGGACGGCAUGAAGAAGAGCGCGCACGUGAUCGUGAUGGCCGCCACCAACCGACCCAACUCGAUCGACCCGGCUCUGCGUCGUUUUGGACGGUUCGAUCGUGAGAUUGACAUUGGCAUUCCGGACGCCACCGGACGGUUGGAGGUUCUGCGCAUCCACACCAAGAACAUGAAGCUGGCCGAUGACGUCGAUCUGGAGCAGAUCGCGGCCGAGUCGCACGGUCACGUGGGUGCCGAUUUGGCCUCGCUGUGUUCGGAAGCCGCCUUGCAACAGAUUCGUGAGAAGAUGGACUUGAUUGAUCUGGAGGACGAUCAGAUCGAUGCCGAGGUGCUGAACUCGCUGGCCGUCUCGAUGGAGAACUUCCGUUACGCCAUGACCAAGUCGAGCCCGUCGGCGCUGCGCGAAACCGUCGUGGAAGUCCCGAACACGACCUGGACCGACAUCGGUGGUCUGGAGAAUGUCAAGCGCGAGCUGCAGGAGCUGGUCCAGUAUCCGGUGGAACAUCCGGACAAGUUCUUGAAGUUCGGCAUGCAGCCGUCGCGUGGUGUGCUGUUCUACGGACCGCCCGGAUGCGGUAAGACCCUGCUGGCCAAGGCCAUCGCAAACGAGUGCCAGGCCAACUUUAUCUCCGUCAAGGGACCGGAACUGCUGACGAUGUGGUUCGGUGAGUCCGAAGCCAACGUGCGUGACAUCUUCGACAAGGCCCGUUCGGCCUCCCCUUGCGUGCUGUUCUUUGACGAGCUGGACAGUAUCGCCAAGUCGCGUGGUGGCAACGUCGGAGAUGCCGGCGGUGCGGCCGAUCGUGUCAUCAACCAAAUUCUGACUGAAAUGGACGGCAUGGGCGCCAAGAAGAACGUCUUCAUCAUCGGUGCCACCAACCGACCGGACAUUAUCGAUCCGGCCAUCCUGCGUCCGGGCCGUCUUGAUCAGCUGAUCUACAUUCCGCUGCCGGACGACAAGUCCCGCGAGGCCAUCCUGAAGGCGAACCUGCGCAAGAGCCCCGUCGCCGGUGAUGUCGACCUGACGUACGUCGCCAAGGUCACCCAGGGCUUCUCGGGUGCCGAUCUGACGGAGAUUUGCCAACGUGCCUGCAAGCUGGCCAUCCGUCAGGCGAUCGAGGCCGAAAUCCGCCGCGAGCGUGAACGCACCGAGAACCAGAGCUCGGCCAUGGAUAUGGACGAGGAAGAUCCGGUGCCGGAAAUCACCCGGGCUCACUUCGAGGAGGCGAUGAAGUUUGCGCGCCGUUCCGUGUCGGACAACGACAUCCGCAAGUACGAGAUGUUUGCCCAGACGCUGCAGCAGUCGCGUGGCUUCGGAAACAACUUCAGAUUCCCAGGCGGCCAGGGCGGUUCCAGCUCACAGGGCCAGGGCUCGAACCAGCCCACGAGCAAUCCCGGCGACAACGGGGAUGACGAUCUCUACAGUUAGAUUGCUACCGUAAAAAUCAACAAACAAUAUUCUCUCCAACAACAACAA